UUCACAGUUACUGUUGUAUUGGGUGGCUUUUGACUCCCCCGACUUAUUAUAUCCUUCACUCCCAAUCUAUAUUUAAGAACCAACCUCCACUCUUCUUUCUCUGCUUCCUUACAACCCUCCAACCCUCUUUCUCUCUCUCUCUCUAUUUGUUUUUUUAAGGUUAGGCUUAGGCCUCUCAAAGGUUGUGUCAGGAAGAAACAUGGAAGCACCAGAGGAACUCUCUCUGGGGGGGUCUAAAGAUCACGCCAACAUUGUCAAGGGGAAAAGAACCAAAAGGGUCAGACCUCAAUCCCCUAUCCCCUUCUCUGUCACCGCCAAUUCCUCCACCGGAGAAGGAGAAAGAGAUGAUUUUUACAAUGUUGAUGACAACACCAACACCAACACCAACACCAGUAACAUCACCAGCAACAACAACAACAAAAACCAUGAUAUUAAUAAUAACAACCACAACAUCAUCAACAACAACAGCAACAACUCUCCCACCACUUCUUCUGCAGGAUUACAAGACAGCACAGACGAAGAAGAGGACAUGGCCAAUUGCCUCAUCCUUCUAGCACAAGGACAAUCCCGGGAAUCUCCGAAACAUGUGGAGGAAGAUGUUGGCAUGAACUACGCCAAGUACAGCAGUAGGAAAUUCUUGGAGGCGGCUACCUUGGGGUCUAGCAGGGCAGGGUACUAUGUUUAUGAAUGCAAGACAUGUAACAGAACUUUCCCUUCUUUUCAAGCACUUGGAGGGCACAGGGCCAGUCACAAGAAGCCCAAGGCAAUCAUGCCCAUUGCCCAAGACAAGAAGCACCAACACCUUUUGUCAUCAGAUGAAGAAGAGUUUCAAUUGAAGACCAACAACAAUAAUAAAUCACCAUUUUCCCUUCAACUCAGUUCAAAGGCCAAUUUGUACAACAAAUCCAAGGUGCACGAGUGCUCCAUCUGCGGUGCUGAAUUCACAUCGGGGCAGGCACUGGGCGGCCACAUGAGACGCCACCGCGCACCGGUGGGGAUCCCCACCACACUCUCCUUCACCCCCUUGGCUCUGGAACCGGAAGAAGAUCACCCCAGAAAGAAAAGGAAUGUGUUGAACUUGGAAUUGGAUCUCAAUCUUCCUGCCCCAGAAGAUGAUCCAAGAGAAUCCAAGUUUUCCUUUGCAUCCAAGCAACAUCAACAACAGCAACAUGGACAGAAACAACAGCAGCAGCAGCAACAACAACAACAACCACAAACAAGUCUUGUCUUAACUGCCCCAGCUUUGGUGGAUUGUCACUACUGACAAGGUUUAGAUUGACAUCUCACAUUGAAGCUGUGGCUAUGUGCAGUUUUCGCGAUACAUCUGUUGUCUGUGAUCUGAUUUUUUUCUUCUUUUUUCGUUUAAUUUUUUGAUCCAUACAUUUAUCAAAAAUUACAUUACAUGAUUCUUUUGAUUCUUUGUGGAGUUGAUGGGAGAAGCACGGUGAUUUGUGGGUGAGGUCAGUUGUUUAUUGGAGAAAGUUUUAAUUUGUUCUCUGAAAAGACCUCUCCAACUCAUGGAUAGCGCAUGUGGGUAUAUCUUUUUUCACUUCUUUUUCCGUGCCAGAGAAUGUGAUGUGUUAUGACUGUCCAAAAAGUCUCUGCUUAAGUUUCAUUGUUUCCUCCACAAUAAAACAUCUCCUCCUCCAUGUCUUUCUCUCUGUGUCCCCUCACAUUGGCCAUGGAAAUAGAAUAAAAAGUAGGGAAAGCCAGUAAGUAACUGUUAUUCCCACAUGAAUCCUCAACUUGUCCUUUUUCUCCUUCAAAAUAAUUAUUCUUGUUCAGAUAAUUUUGUUCUUUUCUUUGCUUCAUCUUAAUUGCCUACUCAUUACACCUAAGCAACCCAUGAAACCAUUCACAGCCCUCAAUUUCCCCACCAAAUCCUCAACUCUGCCUCAGAUACAGCUAAUGCUAACUACACAAAUCACACAUUACAUUGCUAAACUCUAUGGCAUAUUUUGAAUUUCAUUCAUUGCUUUCUUUUCUUUUUGUUCAAGUAAAAAGAGGCGUUGAAGAAAACUGAUUACUCCCCAAGUGUAGAUUUACACUCUACCUAUUAUUAUUAUUAUGAAGUCCACUGUAUAUGUAAAUUAAUUUAUAUGCAAUCAUUCUAU